CAGAUUGUUAUGAGCUCACUCACAUUCCAGUAAAUACAAUGUAUCUGACUAGUUCACAUACAUAUGUUGUACAACUGAAACCCACGUCGCGUAGAAACUACGAUGUUAUCUUUCUAGCCUUCAGCUCGGCACAGCGGGGAUGAGCAGUGUCCUCCUCCCACGGUAACUAAAUAUGGAGCCGUCAGAAAACCUGUCAGUAUGUGUGGACCCGGAUGCUACACCGACCCUCGUGCCUCUGGACACCGCAGUGCUGCUGCUAGGAGCUGGUGUGACAGCCGUCACACACCCGCUGCUGUACGUGAAGCUGCUAAUACAGGUGGGACAUGAACCAAUUCCUCCAACUGUGGGCACAACGAUGUUUGGAAGAAGAGUCUUAUACUUACCUGGCUUCUUCUCCUAUGCACAUCACAUUGUGAAGGUGGAUGGAAAGAGGGGACUCUUCCGUGGCUUCUCACCUCGUUUCGUAACCAGUGGAGCAACGCUAAACAGCAGGCGGAGCUUCUAGCAAAGAGAGACGACCUUCAGACCUCACUCCAGAAAGUGGUUAGAGAGGUGAGAGAUCACCCUGCUCCCGACUUUGGGAUCAUCCCAGGCUCAAUUCAUGUGGAGGCUAACUGCUGUAGAGGUAGUUUUUUGUUACAGUGUAAAAUUAAUCUGUCAAAGUAGUUCUUAAAAAUGUUCAACCAGUGCACAGAGAAUGGA